CCGCCUCCCCGGCUGGGUUCUCCUUGAAUCCGCGACCCGGCUCACGUGACGCGAGCAAGAUGGCGGACACGGCCAGUCAGUUGAUGUUGGGCUCCGGCCUGACCGUCGUGUCCCACCCGCUGAUGUACGUGAAGAUGCUGGUGCAGGUGGGACAUGAGCCCCUGCCGCCAACUUUAGGAAGAAAUCUUUUUGGGCGUCAAGUGUACCAGCUCCCAGGUCUUUUUGCAUAUGCAAAACACAUAAUUAGUAUUGACGGCAAGAGGGGACUGUUCAAGGGCCUGACUCCCCGGCUGUGUGCUGGCGUCGUGGGCACUGUGGUGCACAGCAAAGUCUUGCAGUGCUACCAGAACCAGAAUCAGAUAGAUGGAGGAGAUCAAAAAGAAAGCUCCACCUCCCUGGACCACGUUAUCAAAGAGACCACUCAUGAGAUGGUUGCUCGGUCAGCUGCUACCCUCAUCACACAUCCCUUCCACGUAAUAACGUUACGUUGCAUGGUUCAGUUCAUUGGGAGAGAGACCAAAUAUAAUGGGGUGUUCGGGUCGAUAGUGACAAUAUACAAAGAGGAAGGAGUUCUGGGAUUUUUUGCUGGUUUAAUUCCAAGGCUGCUGGGAGACAUCAUUUCCCUGUGGAUAUGUAACAUGGUGGCUUAUCUCAUCAACACAUAUGCUCUGGAAAAUGGGGCAGUGAGUGAAAUGAAAAGCUACUCUCAAGCAGUAACUGGGUUCCUGGCCAGUAUGCUGACUUACCCAUUUGUCCUAGUCUCUAACCUCAUGGCUGUAAAUAACUGCGGGCUGGCUGGGGGCAGCCUUCCCUACGCCCCUGUAUACACGUCCUGGAUAGACUGCUGGAGACAGCUCAGCAGAGAGGGAAACACAACUCGGGGAAACAGCCUGUUUUUCCGCAAGGUGCCUGCAGGAAAGAGCUACGUUUAUGCACAGAAGAGAUUUUAUUGAGGAGCAUCAGGGUCCCUGCCUGUACCUGUCGCUGUUCAACUUUCAGUGGGAUGGGGGGGCGGGGGGGAGAGUAUUUGUUUAAUUUGUACACAUUUUGUUUACAAUUAUGUAUGAUUUUUCAUUUUAAUAAUCAUUCAUUAUUGAGAACUGAAGACUGUGUAUAACUUUGUUUUUAGCUGCCAAAUAACACCAUUCAUUUCUCCACGUG